CCGCUCGCGAGUCGCGACCAACCGUCGCCCACCACGGCGAGUGGCCUGUAACGACACUCGACGCCCUGUAUCUCUAACAAUGCUCUCCUGCUGAUUCAUUUGAACUAACUGUAGUCUCUACCAUUCUGCAAGCCGUUAUAUCCUUCCAGACACCUUUGUAUCCCUAGUCCGCCAUCGAAAUGCAGGCCAACCCUUUCCUGUCUAUCGCCGUGGUCCAGCUCCCUUCGCAUGCGCGUAUACUGCCAUCAUCAUGGUGUCCAGACAAAGAUCUUUUAGUAGUGGUGACGCAGCCUCGUGGCAAGGACAGGUUGAGCCUCUACAAAAUGCAAGGCACGAAGGUGUGGGAGGUAGAUCUUGACAGCGAUGGUACUGCGAGCAGCGAGGAAGUGGUUGACAUCGCAUGGAGUCCAGACUGUCAGACGGUCGCAGUUGCCCACAAGCCUCCUCGAGUGACUUUACAUUCAAUACAGGACGGACACCAGGAACGUUCGAUACCUAUCUCGUUGGAGCUAUCUGCGGUCGGGACAACUAAAGCUUCUAACCUCUCCGGGAUAUGGUGGUUCAUGCAAGAGAAGAAGGAAAGUCAAAGCGACAUUCCUGACAUCUUCAAGAGGGGCUUCGACAUUACAGGUUCCGCGCACUCCAUAUUGAGAGGCCAGCCACUGCUCGACCCUUUACUCGACGACUCACAACCACUCACUGCCACAGACCUGUUUGCUUUCAAGCAAAAGCCGGCGCGCGGCGUCGGGUCGACUCAACCGCCAGUUAUCUCGUCCUGGCCAACAUUACCUGCCGACCUACUCGCAGCCUCAAUACAGUCGGCUAAACUCGGGGGCCAGCGUCCGCGGCCCGGCGAGGACCUUGACGAAGUAGAUCUAACGAACAUGGACAGUGUCUUGGCGGUCUCUGACGACGCCGGGAACUUACACUGCUUCCUGGACGGAAGCUACCCACUGGGAAUUGUCGCGGUUGGGCCAGACAUCGUCUCGAUGUCCCUGUCCAAGGACAAUGAUCUAUUCUUCGCACAUCCGCAAUUCACCGAGCCGAAGGUUACCGCACUACGGCCGUUCAUCAUACAGCUUCCCCACCUGCAGCGGAGGGCACUGCGAGACGUCGCCAGAGUGUCAUCAUCCGUUCGCGAGCUAGUCUGGUACACCAUGCGAGUGGUGAAAGACAUGCGCGCGGCGUGGUUCGGUGGAGAGAAUCAGAGUGGGGCGCGUGAGCUUGGGCCCAAAUGGAUUCGGGCGCUAGAGGCACGAAUGAAGGAAGAGUUCGGCCAGGAAGAGCCAUAUGCUAUGCUGGAUUUGACCAACCUUCUCGCUACUGGUCGGGCGACGGAAGCUCUGGCCGAUUACCUGGGUAGUGGUGAACAAAUGAGUGAAAGAGGUAUGCAAAAAUGGGAACAGUCAAUGAUCGAAUCACUGGUCAUGCUGCGCGACUACUCUGAGAAGCGAGUGGCACCUGCGUGCCAACGGCUACAUUUACUUUUGGAGGAGGCCUACGGCUGGUCGCUUCUCCCACAGUACCAACUAUGCGGGAUAAGCACGGCGCAAGUGAACGCCUGCAUGGAUCUAGCAGGCCGGGCUGUGCUCCUGGCCGGAUGGCUCGCUGCCACCGCGCGUAGAGAAUUAGUCCGCUUCACAGAAUUCAUGUUCUGGCUUCGACACGAGACGACUCGCCUAAACACGGCGGGUGAUAGUCACAGUCAUCCACCCGCUCCGAGGCACGACAUCCUAGAGGUGAACGACUACCUGAUGUCUGGCCUAGUGGUCAGUCCGAUCGACCGAUGGUUCAUGGGCCCGGUGCCCCAAUUCUCUCCGCACGACCUGGGUGUUCCAGGCGAUUGGUCGGAUUUGAAGUCCACCGCGCUGAGAGCGCGAAGAGUGCUCCGGGAACCUCGACUAUCCGCCUGGCAAUAUAACAUCAAACAAAGGGACCUGUCGCACUUGGACCGGAAUUUGGAUUCAUUGGUCCAGGAGUUGGCAGCACGCUCUCAUCGGAUAUUCCUCGAAGCCGCCAAUGCUACUGCGCGCUCGGCAGUGCUGCUCUCGAGCGCGAGCCCCGCCCAAUUGCAGGACACGACGUUGCUGCAUGCUGUGGAAUCAAAUCCACCAGUGCUGAUACGGGAGCGGACCGUGUUAAAGCCGGGCCAGGCCGCCAAAUACACGCAGUUCACGUUGAUACAGCUGCCCCGGGUUGCAGAUCUGAAUCGCUCCUACGUAUGCAUUGCUCGGUUACAUCACGGAACCGAAGGCAUGCUGCGUCCACUGAAGGUGGAGGUCGCCGUCAUGGAGUGCUGUAUCCCAAUCAACGACGCAAGCGAGACGAAGAUACCCUUCGACCUGCUGGACGCGGAGUUUUUCGACGACAGCGUCUUCAUUAUCGUGUACCGUGAAGCCGGUUUCGCUUCCAUUGCGACGGUCGGUUACGGAGAUUUGGUUUACACGGCGAUUGAAUUGGAGAGCUACCUGACCGAUUUUGCGCGAGAGUCUCUGGCGCUGGAGGUGCUCAACCGAUUGGAACGCGAGCAGCUAAGUUCAGAGGCCGCGCCACUGAUUCAGACGCGCCGCCUGGCCGGGUGCAGAGAGGGCAAGGUGACGCUGGCGGUGAACGGGCGGACUGGGCGCCGAGUGGCGUGCGUGCUGGACGGCGCUGGCCCGGCGGUGGAGAUCCUGGACAUCGAAGGGGAGGAGGAGGAUACGGAGGUGGAGGAGAUGUCGACUGUGGAGACUGAGACGGGCGCAGAAGGGUGAUGCGGGGCACGAUGGGGAUGCAUGUAGAUAGGCGGCGGGGGCAGAAUAGAGUGAUGGACUGGGAUAUGCCCUGAGGCAC